AUGCGAGCAACGGGUGCCACUCUGGACGUGGUGAUGAACCUGCAGUUUCACUACAUAGAGAAACUGUGGCAGACCUUCUGGUAUGCGAGCAUGCCAUCUAGUGAUGUGAGCACGUCUGUGGGGGAGGAGGACAUGGAGGCCAUGAUCCCACGGGAGAGGCUGCUGUGCCUGUGUAAAUUCGAGCCAGUGCGACUGUGGAUGAGGAGCUGUGACCACAUCUUGUACCAGGCUCUAGUGGAGAUCCUCAUCCCAGAAGUGCUGCGCCCAGUGCCCAGCACACUCACACAAGCCAUCCGUAAUUUUGCCAAGAGCCUUGAAGGCUGGCUGACAAACGCCAUGACCAGUUUUCCUCAUGAAAUAAUCCGCACAAAGGUGGCAGUAGUGAGUGCCUUUGCCCAGACCCUGAGGAGGUACACCAGCCUAAACCACCUGGCUCAAGCUGCCCGCGCCGUCCUCCAGAACACCUCCCAGAUCAACCAGAUGCUCUCCGACCUCAACCGGGUGGACUUCGCCAAUGUUCAGGAGCAGGCCUCCUGGGUGUGUCAGUGUGAUGAGAGCGUGGUGCAGCGUCUGGAGCAGGACUUUAAGGUGACCCUGCAGCAGCAGAGCUCUCUGGACCAGUGGGCCACCUGGCUGGACAACGUUGUCACAGAAGUGCUGAAGCCUCACCAGGGCAGCCCUGGCUUCCCCAAGGCUGCACGACAGUUCCUGCUCAAGUGGUCUUUCUACAGCUCCAUGGUGAUCCGGGACCUGACCCUCCGCAGUGCAGCCAGUUUUGGCUCCUUCCACCUGAUCCGCCUGCUGUAUGACGAGUACAUGUUUUACCUGGUGGAGCACCGCGUGGCCCAGGCCACCGGGGAGACGCCUAUUGCCGUCAUGGGAGAGUUCAGUGACCUCAGCUCCAUGAUGCCUUCCCUUCUGGAAAAAGACCCCUCCUUCUCCGAUGAGACCAGUGACAUGGGAAGUGAUGCAGACGCCUCACGGGACCCCAACGAGCCAGCCGUGAAGCGGGAGAGGAUCGAGCUCAGCAACACUCUGCAGGAGAUGUGA